AUGUCCGGGGGUGGGAUCCUGCAUAAGAUGAAGGACAAGGUAUGUGCCCUCCGUUCUGUGGUAGACGUAUCAUAGUUCCUUCGAUUAUCCCAAAUUCUGGAUUUUCCUCCGUUAUUUCGAGGAUUAUCCCGGUAUUCCGCAGACAACGCUCGUGCUAUCUAUUCCCUCAUUCGUUCACCUGUCAAUUCGCCUCCUGUCUUUUAGCUCGUCAAUGGCGGAUGGAAAAUUUGAUGAUUAUUUGCCAGUCUUCAUUCCGUAAGCAAAGCUCAAUGAUUUGCGUGAACUCCCUAUUGACGACCGGAGCCAUAUGGCCUAUCUAUUUCUGAUUAUUUGGUAGAAGAUCUCAGGGGCACAUAAUCUGUGGCGUUAGAAAUCUUGGAUUCUUUGCGUUUCUUUGCACCGGUUCCUACUGGAGGUAGCCAAAGUGAUUGCUGUCCCCUAGGAGAAUCAGCCGCUUGGACUGCCUGAAUUGUCUGUCUCAUUUCUUCCUCUGCGCCAAUCUGUGUCUCGGGUGGGAUUUUUUUCGUAGAUUGCAAUCAAAAACUUUCAGUUAAAAUCAUUCUAUCAGCAGGAAAAACGGGCUUCAAACAACAGUUACAGAGAACUAGAUUUCGGAGGAUUCUUUAUUCCUUAUUUUCACGUUGGAGAUCAAGAAAAGAUGUGUCCCCAAAAUAUUCCUGUAUUAACUAAAUUCUGGCACAUAUAUGAUGUCAACGUAAAGCUUGAGGGCGAGUGUUGAUCAUGUGUUCUUCAAGUCGCUCAUCUUUUAUUGGGUACUAGUUUAGUUAUUUGAUACAGUGGAUCAAUGACUCAUUUCAAACUUACAGCCCCUUGUAUCAAUUCCGCUGGCGUUUAACAUAGCACCCUCUGUCUUGAGGUGUGAUUGUGAGAAAAAGGUCUACAGUUUCACUAAUGAACUGUAUGGCUUUAUGUGCCUCUUUCUCUCUCUUCCUGUCCCUCAGCUUCCUCUCUUUCUCCCUCAAAGUCUUCGGGUACAAUUGUCCAUUACCUUUACCUAUUACCGACGUGGGCACAUUGUUGAAAAAGUGUAGUGAAGGUGUGGUAUUUUGUCUACUGAUUUGAUCUUAAGCAUCAACUAUAUUGAUCACUUUCUAAUGUUAAGUUUCAACCUUAAAAAGAGUUGGAUGUCUAGGUCAAGUCAUCAUGUAAAAGGAGGAUAGACGAAUUCCUACUAGAAGUCGGAGCCACACAAAGUUCAUUUGUGAAUAUUCUUGUUUCUUAUGUAUGCAUUGAUACCAGGACGGGAGAAAGACCAGACAUCCAACUUUAGUGCAACAUAUGUGGUGUAUCCUUUCAAUUGUGGAGUGCCCUCUACGAUUCAAAAUUGUGCACGUGACUUAAGUUCUUAUAAAAUUUCUCAUGUUGCCUAUCUCUCCACCUGCAUCUCUUUCCUUUGAAUUUUUAUAGAUUAUUCAGGAGUUUAAUUUCCAAGGCAUGGGUCAUGUUUUUCCCCAUCACUAACAUAUCCUUGUUCACUGGUUUUUUGCUAGGUCAAGGCUGGAUUUGUUUCGUCGACAUCAGAAACGGGGAAAGGAAAGAGCAAGAUUUCUGGCAAACAUAUCAGACAUGGAUUUCAUUUGGUGAAGGGAAAAUCACAUCAUGACAUGGAGGAUUAUGUUGUGGCACAGUUUCGGCAUGUGAAUGACAAAGAGCUUGGUUUAUUUGCAAUUUUUGAUGGGCAUCUUGGGCAUAAUGUAGCUGACUACUUACAGGCACACUUGUUUGACAAUAUUCUGAAACAGGUUAGUGCAUCAAGAUAUCUUUUCAGACAGUUGAUAUAUUUGACUUUCGUUCCUUAGCUUGUAUCGAAUAUGCUACCAGGGAGUUUUUAAAAAUCUUCAGUAAUAAGUGUUUUGUUCUCAAGAAAAACGAUGCUAUCCGAUGAGAUUAUAGCCGACAUAGUUUUCAAUAAAUCAUCUUUCUAUCCUCCAUAAUAUCCAUGGUAUUGACGACGAGGGAAAGCUCUUUUUAUCAAGGACAGAUGUACUUCUUAUGUGAUUUUAGUAUGGUAUCGUUAUGUCCUUAAUUUCUCGCGUUCAUGAAAAGCUUGGCUAUGCAUCUGAACAAAAGUGGGCGUACACUAUGAAAAUUCAUCAUUAUUGCCAUUUUUCGUGUGUUUCUCAUUGACUGUACCAUCUGGACUCCCAUCAAUAUGUUUGAAUGAAAGUGUGGAGAUACUAACUGCAGUACAUCCUUAUUAUCGUUUUUCUUCUGCAAACAGCCCGAGUUCUGGACUGACAUACAAAGUGCAAUCAGGAAAGCAUAUGGAAUAACUGACGAACACAUUUUGGAAAAGGCAAGUGACUUGGGAAGGGGAGGUUCAACUGCGGUUACGGCAAUAUUAAUUGAUGGUGAGAGGUUAAUAGUAGCAAAUGUUGGUGAUUCUCGAGCGGUCCUUUGCAAGUGUGGUGAUGCCAUACAACUCUCAAUUGAUCAUGAGCCAAGCAUUGAAAGGCGUGCCAUUGAGAGAAAAGGUGGCUUCGUUUCAAAUAUCCCUGGUAAUGUGCCCUUUUUAAUUGUGUGUAAACUUUUUGCCUAGAAGCAUCAAUGAUAUUUUAUCACUAUCACAUUUUCGAACCUCUAAUAUUGCUUAAUAUAUGAAGAAUUCACGAGAUCUUUACUAAUACAUCUAGUCGACUAAGGAACUAUUCUGUUGCCUAAGAGAUGCAGUUUCUUUUAGAAAAGAAAAGGCAGACUAUUCUUUGAAGAUCAAUAUUAUAUUAUUGCUACACGUUUUGAUAGACAGCAUAACGACAUAUGUGCAAAAACCAUGUGAUAAUAUUUCUGUUUAUUGAAAUGCUUGUUAGGUUUCUACAAAAAUUGUUAAACUCUGUCUGGACACCUUAUUUUUGUUAAGGGUUUCAUAUCGUAGCUUGUUUGUUGAAAGGUAGUGGAAUAAGAUCAUCGAUAGAUGUCAAAAUUUAGGGUAGCGCUAGAAGGGCUUCUUAAUUUCUUACAUGCGCAAAAAUGUUUUACGCAUGAAGAACAUACAUACUGGAUUUGGCGCAUGCUUCUAUGCUAAUGACAGUAAAUUUAUGGCCAUAGAGGCAUUAGGCACCCUCCAUUAUAACACUCCCACGAAUGCAUCUGGAAAAUGUUGCCCACUGUCAAAUGCAUUUCUUCUGUGCACCAUCCCCUAAAAAUCCCAACCCUAUCUUGCAAGAUGCUGGUGGAAGAUAGGUUUUAAUGUCUGGUGGUGUUUUGUUGUCAAACUGUCAUGAAAAGCAAUCCUUUUGAGCCCUUAUUAUGGAUGAGAUGCAAUCACUUCGUGAUUCAUCUAGCUGUAUGGAAAUAUAUUCAGCUUCUCUUAAAUUGUUGUCUGUGAAUCGGCAUAUUUCUUAUGGAGCUUUUAUUUCAUUUCGUAAUCCAUAGACUGAUAGCAGGAUCUACUUAUUUAAUAUAAAAAAUGUGCCAAUAUUUUUACUAUUGAUAGAUAUUUCGUGUGCCACAUUUGGGUUCUUCCAAUGGAGGAAUCGCUGCAGAAUGUCAUAAUGCCAGACCAAUGGAGAAGAAAAUAAGCUGCAUUUUUAGUCUCCCUUGAGAUUUUUUAUUUUAGAGCAGUGAAGCCCAAUGUACGAUAUAAUACACUAACAGAAAAGAACGUGGGCCCAUUAAUCUCAUGCAACACUAAUAUUAGAGACAUCUGCAUGAAUUUCACUAGGUUCUUUAGCUUAUCUAUAUCCCAAGGGCUAGCAGAUUAUACUUUCGCUUUUAGUUUAGUUUGGCAUUUCAUUUCAACAAUUAUACGUAUCUACUUAACAUGUGAAAAGAGUACUCUGGGUUAGCUGGUCCAUAAGAGAUGGAUCACAGUCAGGAGAUGAAUUGUGGCUUUGUACUAUUCAAGGACCAGAAGUAACAUGGAAAGAAGUUGGCGAAAGUGGCAGUGAUGAUCUUUCAUGGCGCUUAGGGAGUAAAGAUCAUCAUCUUUGACGGUGAAUCUUCUGUCCUACAAUCAGAGAGGUUUAAAUAAGGAAGAAAAUUUGGAGUAGCCAUGGCUCAACAUUAAUUCAUGUUAUUGAUCUUAUUGGUCUUCAAGAGUCGAAAUAGAGAUGUUAUCGGAGAAAGAAACCAAGAAUCAGUGUACAAACAGAGUAGUAUGUACGUUUUUGGUUGCAAAAGGACAUAUGCUGAGUCACUUUUGAGGCUCAAUGAGAAUAUUUUGGGAGGGUAGGCAUGUACACGUCCAUACAACCUACAGUUCGAUUUAUAAUCCCCAAAAGAGAUCACUGAUGACGGGCAAAACGUGUAAUGCUGAUAAUUGUCUGUUUUUUUGUGUAUUGUCACAAGAUCUAUCUUCGAAACGUUUGCAGCGGGAGUCUGGUCCUGAAAUUAUUUGCCUUUCAAGAUGUGUUCGUAGUGAGCAUUUUCUCUCUAGAAGAAGACAAGAUAGCGGACAAAUGAAUACAGUUUCUGAAUUGGAAAAGGUUAGUAAAAAUAAAAAAGAGAGCUGCAAAUUUGGUCUGCACCAAGAACCAACCAGUUGAUUUGUACAGAGAUAGGUAUUUAUUGGUGAAGGACAUGAAAAGCAAUUCUACAUUCCAACAUUGCUACUAAAAAUAUUUCACCCGAACAUCUUUUUAAUCUGCUGUUUAAUGGGGAAAUCUCUAUACAGCAGAUUGGGAUUCAGCCUUUCCUCCGCUGAUGUGCAACCCUUAGGUUUUGGAAGGUUAAAUGGAGUUGGGAUUUUUUGUUAACAACAAACUGCAUAUUUUCAUGAAUUCUGAUAAUUGUUGAAAAAAAACAGUUCUUUUCUGGGUGUCUAGCAGAAUAUUUUUGUUUGGCAGCUUUACAGUUGACCUGAAAGGGAUCUUAAGAAAAAAAUUAACGAUAUUUUUGAAUGUUUAAUUACUCAGUUAGGAAGUUAUCAGACUAAUGGAUGAUUGGGUGUUUUCAAUCAACCUUGGUGAUCUUCAGUCAAUAUCAUUGAUGGAGGCGGUUUAAAAGGACGGGCUUUCAUGUAGUUUUGUCUUAGCACUAAGUUUUUCUCCUCAGGGUUCCUUUGGGGUGUUCUUAUCAUGUGUUCUUCCUUUUUCUCGUCUGUUCAGGAUUCUUGCUGCAGACUUUCUCUGUCAUUGGAUAUAUUUCUUUUUUAAAUUCGUUUAAGCAAGGUGUAUUUCUCCAUGAUAGCGUACUAUUGUGCAUUAUUUCGAGCUUUUCUAUCAAGGAUUCCUUGUUCUUGAGGAGGCUGUUGUUUUAGAGUGCCCCGAAUAUAGCUAGCGUUUGCGGCUUUUCAGUGGGAUUGAAAUGGCUGUGUUCAAUUCAGGGGAUGUGCCACGUGUGGAUGGGAGACUUGCAGUGGCAAGAGCUUUUGGAGACCGCAGCUUGAAGAGGCACCUUAGCUCAGACCCGGAUGUGGUUGAAGCACUCGUCGACGUCGAAACAGAGUUCCUAAUACUAGCUAGUGACGGACUUUGGAAGGUGUGUCCUCGCCUCAUUAAGUCGAUUACAUAGUUCCUACUACAGGCUUCCCAUUUCUUCUUUUUUUUAAAAUCCAAAAUGGUGAUGCGCCAUUUUUGCUAAGAUGAUGAGUGGGCUAUCUUUAUUUUAUAUUUCAGGUCAUGACAAAUCAAGAGGCAACCGAUUCGAUCAGAUCUAUGAAGGAUCCGCAAGCAGCAGCGAAGCAUCUAAUUGAGCAGGCUCUUGCAAGAAAGAGCAAGGAUGAUAUCUCCUGUGUCGUUGUUACCUUCCAUUGA